UGCUCUGUCAGAGAGAGCAUCUGUCAAGCCCACAUUUAAACUGCUGCCUGCCUGUGCAGCAGCUGAGGAACCGUGGAUUUCAUAUUAUAGACUAAAACCCCAUUAAAACUGCUCGAAAUCCUUCCCGCAGCUGCCAGGCAACAACGAAAGAAGAGAGGUAAAUCUUAUGCUUUUCCAAUACAACUGAAGCACUACAUUUUAGCUCUGGCUGCUUUACAUUGCAGCUCAGUGUUAUUACUAGAAAUAUGGAUACUGAGGCGAGAACACAGCACUGCAUUGUCCAGCCAGGAAAAGAGCAGAUGUAAAAAGCUUCAAUGCAUCAACUGUCGGGAAGAGUCAACAGUGCUACAAGCAGAACGGACAACUACAGCUCUUUUGUUUAACGAAAGAGAGAGAAAACGAAAGAAAGGGAAAAUUUCAGAAGACUAGGACCCAUAUGAACAAGGAGGGUAACUCGAAGACAAGCAGACAGAUGGACACUUUGGAUACUGUGAAAAGCAAUCGCAGGAGGCAGACUGUUGGGGGAUGUGCGCAUGUUCGAUAGCAUCUUUUUUGCUGAAGUGAUGGCGUGCCAAAUGUAUUUUCAGUGGGCAUAAUCCUCUUCACAUAAAUGGCCUGACCAAGGAAGAAUGACUACAAGAGAGACAAUGUGACUGAAUUAGAAAAUGAUUGCCAAAGAAUAGUAUUAAGGAGAAGAAAACAUUUUUGGUCACCAAUCUCUCAUAUACCACUACCGGACAUUUACAACAUGCUUCAGUGGAGGAGAAGACACUGCUGCUUUGCAAAGAUGACCUGGAAUGCCAAGAGGUCUCUGUUCCGCACUCAUCUCAUUGGAGUACUUUCUCUAGUGUUUCUUUUUGCUAUGUUUUUGUUUUUCAAUCAUCAUGACUGGCUGCCAGGCAGAGCUGGAUUGAAAGAAAACCCUGUGACAUACACUUUUCGAGGAUUUCGGUCAACAAAAAGUGAGACAAACCACAGCUCCCUUCGGAACAUUUGGAAAGAAACGGUCCCUCAAACUCUGAGGCCUCAAACAGCAACUAACUCUAAUAACACAGACCUGUCACCACAAGGAGUUACAGGCCUGGAGAAUACACUUAGUGCCAAUGGAAGUAUUUACAAUGAAAAAGGUACUGGACAUCCAAAUUCUUACCAUUUCAAAUAUAUUAUUAAUGAGCCUGAAAAAUGCCAAGAGAAAAGUCCUUUUUUAAUACUACUAAUAGCUGCAGAGCCUGGACAAAUAGAAGCUAGAAGAGCUAUUCGCCAAACUUGGGGCAAUGAAAGUCUAGCACCUGGUAUUCAAAUCACACGAAUAUUUUUGUUGGGCUUAAGUAUUAAGCUAAAUGGCUACCUUCAACGUGCAAUACUGGAAGAAAGCAGACAAUAUCAUGAUAUAAUUCAACAGGAAUACUUAGAUACGUACUAUAAUUUGACCAUUAAAACACUAAUGGGCAUGAAUUGGGUUGCAACAUACUGUCCACAUAUUCCAUAUGUUAUGAAAACUGACAGUGACAUGUUUGUCAACACUGAAUAUUUAAUCAAUAAGUUACUGAAGCCAGAUCUGCCUCCUAGACAUAACUAUUUCACUGGUUACCUAAUGCGGGGAUAUGCACCCAACCGAAACAAAGAUAGUAAGUGGUACAUGCCACCAGACCUCUACCCAAGUGAGCGUUAUCCUGUCUUCUGUUCUGGAACUGGUUAUGUUUUUUCUGGAGAUCUGGCAGAAAAGAUUUUUAAAGUUUCUUUAGGUAUCCGCCGUUUGCACUUGGAAGAUGUGUAUGUAGGGAUCUGUCUUGCCAAGUUGAGAAUUGAUCCUGUGCCCCCUCCCAAUGAGUUUGUGUUCAAUCACUGGCGAGUUUCUUAUUCAAGCUGUAAAUACAGCCACCUAAUUACCUCUCAUCAGUUCCAGCCUAGUGAACUGAUAAAAUACUGGAACCAUUUACAACAAAAUAAGCACAAUGCCUGUGCCAACGCAGCAAAAGAAAAGGCAGGCAGGUAUCGCCACCGUAAACUACAUUAGAAAAGACAAUUUUUUUUUUUCAAAUGUGCAAUUUGUAAAUAUUGCUAAAAGCAUGUAUAGUUAGAACUGAUUACAUCCGUAGGACAAGUUUUAGUUGAAACUCAUCACAUAAAGAAAUUCAAAAAGUAUUUUUUUAAUUUCUGAAGAAGUUAAGUCUUAAAACUAUAACAUUAUAUAACAAAAAAGGUGUCCCAAAAGAUCUAUUUAAAAAACUGUAUAAGGGGAUUCUGUGUAUUAACAUGCAAUAAUAAGCAUGCAUAAAUCAACGGUUCAAGUCCUCUGUUAGGGGCCAAUAAAAUGUAUCUGCAUACAUUUUCCACAUAAAUUUUAAUUUAAGAAAUGACAGUCAAAAGAUCCUUCAUUUUAGAUAUAGCUUUUCAUUUUAAUAUAUAAUUAAAUGUAAAUAAAACAUCACUAUCAAUUUUAAGAAAACUUUGUAAUUGUGCAAAGGAUAAAUUUUUUGACCUGACUAUUUUAGGGUUCUAAAUGCAAUAAGAUUUAGUUGAGUUAUUCCACAAACACAUUAUAAAGUUCAGAUGUUUCAUCAAUGCAGUUCUCAUGAAAGUAUGUACUUUUUAAAAAUAACGGAGAUAUUCUUUUAAAUUUCUUUUAUUAAUACAUAUAUCGGAGAAAAUUAUUUUGACAUGACGUGAUAAAAUGUGAAAAACUAAUGUGUCUCAGGCUCAAGUUUUUAGUUAUUAAAUGUUUCAAAACAGACAAGUUUUGUUUCCUCAUUGGUGUUAAGAACCAAACUGCUAUUUCAAUGAGUUAUUCAAUUAGACCAAUUACUGCACUUUUAAACAGCACCACCAUUUAAUUUCAUGUAUAUCUGACUUCGAAUAUAUCUGUAAAGAUAAUCGAAGCAAAAGUAAUUACUUAAAGGCACAAAUAGGAUGUACUGUUGAAAAAAGAUAAAGAGUGCAGUGCAGUUUCAUUCAAUACAUUUUUAAGAUGCAUGUCUGCCAAAAUGUAACAUAUGGGAAGUUUAUUUCCUGACAGCAGGUGUACACAUGCCAAUACUUAACCAUUUUAUGGCACCUAUUUCUUUCUUGGAGUGCCAAGUUUACAAAUCUGCAGUUUUUAAUUUGGUAGAUGACAAAUAUUCUGAAUCACCAAUUAAAAACCCUUUGGGGAGGGAUGGGGAAAACUAUAAAUGUUUGACAAACACAAUUCUAGGAUGAACAAUGUAUACAAUGCACUUUUAUCAACUUUUUAAAAAUAAAGGAAAACAAAAAACUUUA